AUGCGAGCUCUCUACUUUCGAACGACGACGCUGUCAACGUUUUUUAUUCUAUGCUCUUUGGCUUCAAAUGAUAUUCCAAGGACUGGUGGAAACAAAAUCGUUCAACCACCAAAGCCUAAUAUACUGAAACAGGGAUGCCCGUCAGAUCUUCUCCAUUCUCGAGCACUUCGAUCUAUCCAACUCGCUUGCCGUUCUCAUCCUGCUACAGUAAUCUCUGCGUUCGAAGGGAUUCAGGAGGGUUUACAAAACUGUGCGAACCGUUUGAGGUUUCAGCAGUGGGAUUGUUCAGAGGCUGGUAAUAUAAUGCAUGAUCCUCCAUUGUUACGGCAAGGUUUUCGUGAAUCUUCAUUGAUCUGGGCGUUGUCAUCUGCAUCUGCUGCCUGGGGUGUUGCGACAGCUUGCGCACAAGGAUGGAUUGACGAUUGUGCGUGUAACAAUCAUAUGGGGCAGAAUGAGUAUGAAUUCGGCGGAUGUACACAUGGAGUCCAACACGGAAUAACGGCAAGUCGAAAACUGCUCACAAAGGUCGGCGCAGUGAAUUCAUUGUUGCGAAAGGUGGAGAAGCAUAACUUGAAAGCAGGAAGAUUGGCUAUAAAGAAAACGCUGAUAUCUUCUUGCAAAUGUCAUGGAGUAUCAGGCUCAUGCCAACAAAAAACAUGUUGGAAACGAACAGCAACUUUGGAACAUAUUACAGAUUAUCUUGUUGAAAAAUAUGCCCGUGCAAAGUUAUAUACAGAUGAUUCCGUUGUGAAAACAACUGAUUUGAUUUAUCUGGAAGCUUCUCCAGAUGUUUGCAAGGUGAAAUCCGUGGCCGGAAGAGUUUGUGCAUGGAGAAACGAGACUCAUACUCAGGGAGAUUGUGAUCGGUUAUGUUGUGGAAAUGGAUUUAGUAUUCGACACGAAGUAGUCCGAGUAAAAUGUGAUUGUGAAUUUGUAUGGUGCUGUAAUCUGGUCUGCAAAGACUGUAUUCAACAUCGUUGGAUUUCUACAUGUAAUGGGACACCACCGAAAAGUUUAAUUUUUUAA